AUGGAAGGGGUUUUAGGCGAAUUUGUUGAAAUAUCCAAAUUGAUGUACUUGACGAUUCCUACUCAACUUCUAAUUUGCAUGCCAUUUGUGAUAAGCAAUUUUCUAGCAGGGCAUUACUCAACCCAGGAUUUCGACAUAGUCGGAAUGAGUCUGUCUGUGAUAUAUUCCGUGGCAUUGUCGCCGAUUUUUGGACUAUCGUCAGCGGCUGAAACUCUUCUGUCCCAGACAAACGGAAGCGAACAUCGAAACUCUCUUGGCAUUGUUAUUCAACGGUGUUCGUGGCUCGGGUUUAAUUUGUGCUUUCUAGUUAGCUCUGUAUUAGUUCAUGCGGGAUUUCUCUUAAAACUGUUCCGACAAGAUGCCGCAUUGACACACAAGUGUCAAGAGUUUAUUUUGGUUGCCCUGCCAUGUCUUUUCCUUUGUUCCAUGUUGAGUAUUCAAAUCAAAUAUCUUCAGUGCCAGAAAAUUGUGAAGUGUAUUGUUCCCAUCGGGAUAAUAGCUAAUGUCCUUCACGUGGGAUACGGAAUAUUGUUCACGUUUGUCAUGGGACUAGGUGCUAAAGGAAUAUGUGUUGCUUUGAGUGCCACGUUUUUAUCUUGGAAUAUGAUAUUAUUUGUAUACAUCAAAUACAGUGGAAGCCACCAAUCUACGUGGACUGGGUUUUCAAUGCAAAGCUUGGAUAACUGGAAUGAACAUCUUAGUAUAGCUGCACCAAAUGCUUUUAUGAGCGGAUUGGAAACGUCUUGUUUCGAGAUCUACACUUUGUUAGUUGGACUUAUAGGAGCUGUUGAGCUUUCCGCUUAUUUGAUACUUAACAACAUAUUUUCACUACUAUUCAACGUAGCAGGUGGAGCAUUGACAGCCGGGACGAUUCAGAUUGGUAACUAUUUGGGAAGUGGAAACCACGAGCAGGCUAAGAUAGCAGCAAUUGCUACAGUUUACGUUUCUGUGGGGUUACCUCUUGUAUAUGUGAGUAUUUUAUUGACGAUGCAUAAAGUCAUCCCGUCCAUAUUUACUAAGGAUAAGUUAGUCAUUUCAAUGGCUAAACCAUUCAUUGUGGUAGUGAGCGUGGUCCAGUUCUUUGAUGGUAUAGCCAUCAUUUCUAGUGGGACAAUUCGAGCUUGUGGCAAACAGCUGUUCCUUGCUGUGAUAGAUAUUGUUGUUUUCGGUGUAAUUGGUAUCCCACUCUCUAUAUUUUUGAUGUUUUGGACUCCACUGAAAGUAUAUGGAGCAUUGAUAUCACUGACUAUAGUUUUGAUAGUAGUUUGUUCCUGCAUUUUUCUUCGAACAUAUUUUAUCAAUUGGCAACAGGAGGCAACAAAUGCGAUAAGAAAGACAGAAAUCGAUUCCGUAACUCAAUUAACGGCUGAUGAUCAAGACGAAAUGCAUCCUAUUCUACCACUGAAUAGUUCCCGGUCCUAUGUUUUAAUAAUUGUAAAAAUCUUUCUAUGUCCUCUGAUAUUUAUAACGUCUUUACUGACUUCGAUAAUGAUAUAA